AUGGGAAUUAAACAUCAAGGUAAUGAAUACUCAUUUACAUGUCACAAACACGACAAACCAAAAUCUUAUUUUAGUUAUCGUUUUGCUUUGGAACAUUUGAGAAUCGAACAUGGUAUCGACUAUUAUUCAGAAGGAACUACAAUUCCUGAAAUAACAAGCGGUGCAUUAGUUGUUUGUGGUUUAGAUGGUUGCAAAACGAAGGUUCUUAAAACUGGUAUUACAUCACAUAGAGCCCUCAAACAUCCCAGAUUUGAAUUUUUAGUGCAAAAUUAUGACCAUCACGGCAUAGCUGACAACUCCUAUCACUGCCCCGAAAAUUUCUGCACAAAAUUUUAUGAUACUAAAGAGUUACUCAAUCAGCAUUUAACUAGAUGGCAUCAGUACAGUGCUUGCUUUUUUUGUGAUGAUAUAUUAUCCGCUAUCGAAGCCCCAAAUCAUUAUUGUUAG